AUGUCCGCUGGGGCCACGACCGCCGCGCGCGACGCAGCGCCGGCGGCUGACUCGCAGAAUGGACACAGCGGCGGUGGCAAACUCAACCACAAGUCCCGCAACGGUCCCCACCUGAAAGACGACACGACAAAGCACCGCUACCAACUCCCCGCCCGCUUCGUCGAGAAAAGCUCGCAGUACCCCGUCAGCAUCACGGCGGUGCACUACGGCCUCCUCAACGCCGAUGACAUCCACCGCAUGUCGGAGCUGAGCUGCCGCCGAGUCAUCAACAACAGCCAGAAGAACUACGGUGUCAACGACCCGCACCUUGGGGUCUGCGAUCGCGGCGCUGUCUGUGCCACCUGCGGGCUUAAAAGCCUGGACUGUGUAGGGCACAUUGGCCACGUGGACCUGGAGGCGCCCGUCUUCCACGUUGGUUUCUUCUCUAUCACGCUCCGUAUCUUGCGGACGGUGUGCAAGCACUGCGCGCGGGUGUUACUCACCGCGGAGGAAAAGGAAUCGUACAGCCGAAAGCUGCGCCGCGGCCCCACCGGUGCUCUCGCCAUCGAGCCGCAGCAGCACAUGGCGAUCAUCAAGCAGAUCCAGGAGGACGCCUACAAGACGCGUAUCUGCAUGUACUGCGGGGCGGUGAAUGGAGUGGUUCGACGCGUGCGACCGAUGCGCUUAGUCCACGAAAAGUACAAGGUUGGGCUGCGGCGCGGCGAGGAGCGCAGCGAGGAAGUGGACGGGUCGGUGGAAAAGGAGCUGGCAUCGGCCAUGGCGCACAACGGCGAGCUGCAGGACCACCUCGAGCACGUGCACGAAAUUCUUGACCCCGUCCGCGUGCGCAACCUCUUUCUUGCAAUCCCCAAAGAGGAGUAUCACCUGUUGGGUAUGCCGGGGAGCGCGGAGGCCGGCAUCCACAGCCUCGAGGCCGUCUUGCACGGCAGCAGUGGCAAGAGGCCGGCGGCGGCAACGGCCUCCAGACAGGGACUGCCAACGGCAGCAACAGCGUGA